AUGGGUAACCAAAACUCAACGGCAACUAUUACUAAUGAAAAAGCAACGGCCAUCACCCACACUACUGCUGUGCUGCCUCACAGUGCUCGUCGAAUAAUUCAAAACUUUCUUCUUAUCUGGCUUGAUGCCAAUUUUGAUGAAUCAGACAGUGAUUUUAAAAAUUCGUUGCAAAAUCUUCGAAAAAUUGUGGCAUCCAUCACGACAUUUAAGGAUGCUCAACAAUGUGUUAGUUUCCUUAGUGAAAUCAAAAACGAAAAGGUAUUUAUGAUUGUAUCAGGUGCAUUAGGACGACAAGUAGCACCAAAAUUGCAAGUAAUGCCACAACUGGAAGCAAUUUAUGUGUUUUGUGGCAAUAAAUCAUAUCACGAAGAAUGGGCCAAAACUAUACCGAAGGUGAAAGGCGUUUACACUGCCAUUAAACCAAUAUGUCAAGCACUUGAAAUUGAUCGACAACGAUGUGAUCAAGCUAUGAUUCCGGUGAGCUUUAAUGGUCUCGAUCCUCUAUUCAUGUAUACACAACUGUUAAAAGAAGCACUCUUGGAGAUCGAAGAUGAUGAUGAAAAAUCCAUCAAAGAUUUGGUCGAUUAUUGUCGUGAACAAGACGAUAUUCCUGAAGACCAAAUCAAACAAGUUGAACGUGAAUAUCGUAAUCAUACACCCAUAUGGUGGUAUACAGCCGAAACAUUUAUGUAUCCAAUUCUUAAUCGUGGACUUCGACAAAUGGAUGUCGACAUUAUUCUCAAAAUGGGAUUUUUCAUCCGGCAUCUGCACAACCAUAUUACAGAAUUACACCGGGAACAACAAGGCAGCAUGCCGACAAAAUUUCAAGUCUUUCGUGGACAAGGUUUGUCCAUGGAAGACUUUGAAAAAAUGAAAAAAACCAAAGGAGGACUUAUGUCCUUUAAUAACUUUCUCUCGACAAGUCGCAAGCGCACGAUCUCAUUGGACAAUUUCGCACGACCAGCUACAAACAAUCCCAGUUCAGUCGGCAUUCUCUUUGUUAUGGCCAUCGACACGGCGAUUUGCAUGAAAUCAUCAACACCAUUUGCUGAAGUAAGCAAAGUUGGUUUCUUCAAAGGUCAAGAGGAAGAAAUACUCUUUUCAACACAUACAAUUUUUCGCAUCGACCGAAUUGAACGAAUUCCCGACGAGCAUACGGAUCGCCUAUGGCAAGUUAAUCUCACCCUCGCAGGUAAUCAAGAUGAUGAUUUUAGCAAACUCACGGCACACCUGCGAGACGAAUUUAAUUGGGCAAAAGGAUGGCCUCGAUUGGGUUCUAUACUUAUUAAACUAGGUGAGCCUGCAAAAGCAGAACAUCUUUAUCAGAUACUCAUUGAGACGGCAACUUCUAAUAAAGCUCGAGGUGACUACAAUCAUAUGCUUGGUUGUGUGUAUAACGGCCUUGGAGAAUACUCGAAGGCGAUAAAAUUUUACGAACGAGCACUCGAUAUAAAAGAAAAAGCUAUCCCUCAAAACCUUCCCAACUUGGCUGCUUCCUACGGCAACAUCGGUAAUGUGUAUGAUAGCAUGGGCGAGUACUCGAAAGCACUUUCAUCGUAUGAACGAUCACUUGAAAUCCGGAAAAUAGCUCUCCCUCCAAAUCAUCCCGACUUGGCUGGUUCCUACGGCAACAUUGGUAAUGUGUAUAGAAACAUGGGCGAGUACUCAAAAGCACUUUUGUAUUACGAAAAAGAUCUUGAGAUCAGUCAAACAACUCUCCCUCCAAAUCAUCCCCACUUGGCUUCUUCCUACGGCAACAUCGGUAAUGUGUAUAAUAACAUGGGCGAGUACUCGAAAGCACUUUCAUCGUAUGAACGAUCACUUGAAAUCUGGAAAAUAGCUCUCCCUCCAAAUCAUCCCGACUUGGCUUCUUCCUACCUCAAUAUCGGUUCGGUGUAUUACAACAUGGGCGAGUACUCGAAAGCACUUACAUCGUAUGAACGAUCACUUGAAAUCCAGAAAAUAGCUCUCCCUCCAAAUCAUCCCAACUUAGCUGGCUCCUAUGAAGGUAUAGGUUUGGUGUAUAAUAACAUGGGCGAGUACUCGAAAGCACUUUCAUCGUAUGAACGAUCACUUGAAAUCCGAAAAAUAGCUCUCCCUCCAAAUCAUCCCGACUUGGCUUCUUCCUACAACAACAUCGGUUUGGUGUACUAUAACAUGGGCAAGUACUCGGAAGCACUUUCAUCGUAUGAACGAUCACUUGAAAUCCGGAAAAUAGCUCUCCCUCCAAAUCAUCCCGACUUGGCUGGUUCCUACGGCAACAUUGGUAAUGUGUAUAGAAAGAUGGGCGAGUACUCAAAAGCACUUUUGUAUUACGAAAAAGAUCUUGAGAUCAGUCAAACAACUCUCCCUCCAAAUCAUUCCGACUUGGCUUCUUCCUACCUCAAUAUCGGUUCGGUGUAUUACAACAUGGGCGAGUACUCGAAAGCACUUUCAUAG